AUGCCUUUACCUCCUUCAACUUUGAACCAGAAAUCGAGUCGCGUAUACUCGUUGGCAAGGGUCUAUAAAGAUGCCUGUGAGAAAAGACCCCAGGAAUAUUGGGAUUAUGAGCAGGGAGUUACUAUUGAGUGGGGAAAGAUUUCGAACCAUGAAAUUGUGAACAAGAUUGGUCGUGGGAAAUAUUCUGAAGUGUUUAGUGGGAAGAGUGUCACUAAUAAUCAGCCCUGUGUGAUUAAAGUACUGAAACCUGUGAAGAUGAAAAAGAUAUACCGUGAGCUGAAGAUUUUAACCAACUUGACCGGAGGUCCAAACGUUAUUGGUCUACUUGAUAUCGUACAGGAUCCCGGUUCAAAGAUACCAGCUUUAAUCUUCGAAGAAGUGAAAAAUGUAGAUUUCAGAACAUUAUAUCCGACUUUCAAGUUGAGCGACAUUCAAUACUAUUUUACACAGCUGCUCAUCGCUUUGGACUACUGCCAUUCGAUGGGGAUUAUGCAUAGGGACGUUAAACCACAAAAUGUUAUGAUAGACCCAAAUGAACGUAAGCUAAGGCUUAUCGACUGGGGUUUAGCUGAAUUUUACCAUCCGGGGGUUCAUUACAACGUCAGAGUCGCAUCGAGAUAUCACAAAGGUCCCGAGCUAUUGGUAAAUUUGAACCAAUACGACUACUCAUUAGACCUGUGGUCCGUCGGUUGUAUGCUCGCAGCAAUUAUAUUCAAAAAGGAACCUUUCUUCAAGGGUUCUACUAAUGCUGACCAACUGGUCAAGAUUGCGGCUGUUCUCGGCACAAAAGAAUUACUGAGCUACUUGAACAAAUACAGUCUCAAGUUACCAUCUGAAUACGAUAAUAUUAUGAGGGAUUUUACAAGGAAACCAUGGAGUCAUUUCAUAACGAGUGAAACCAACUUAGCAGUUCCUGAAAUAGUGGAUCUGAUCGAUAAUUUACUAAGAUACGAUCACCAAGAGAGACUAACCGCAAAGGAAGCUAUGAAUCACAAAUUUUUUAAGAUGGAAUGUGAGUAA